AUGGCGGUCUCCUUGAUGUUGCUGGAAUGCAUUGGAAAUGAAGAAAGUCUCAAUAGCCUUAGCCAGGCUGAUUGGAAAGAUGUGAUCGAGAUGGUCCAGAAACAAAUGCUGGAACCCCAUAGAAAUCUAGCCAAUUGGAACCUUAAAGAUUAUGAGGAGGCUGAUCAUCAACCUUCUCCCAGAGAAAGAGUGGACCCUGAUUUGUCUCUUGCUCCAGAUGACGCGGAAAAACUGAAGGGUGCAAUGGAAACUCGGGCUAAUGGUGAUGCACCAAGCAAGUAG